AUGGAAGGAAUCAUUUCAACAGGAGGCGAUGUGUACAAUUUCGGAACUGUAGUAAUGGAAACAUUCACAAGAAGAAAGCCAACAGAUGAGAUGUUUGGUGGGGAUGUGAAUUUAAAGCAAUGGAUUGCAAACUCACUAUUAUUACCAGAUGCAAAGAUAGAUGAAGUUGUGGAUGUCAAUUUUCUUGGGAUUGAGACAGAGCAGGCAGAUGAUGAUCAUGUGAGGAAGAGGGAUUGCUUAUCAGCCAUUAUGAGAUUAAGUCUUGCUUGCUGUGCAGAAUCACCAGAAGAGAGGAUAAGUAUGAAAGAAGAUGUGGUCACACUCUACAAAAUCAAGACAAAGUUUUUGAAGGACGCUGCUGCUGCAUGA